UUGAUCUUUAACUUUGCUGAACAACAGCCAAUCUUUUGCUGUCAGUCCUUCUAUCAGUUGCUCCUCUUUGGAACGAAGCAGCACAUGCUGUAACUUUCAAUUCAAAUUUACGUGUCAUUUCAGAGUUUCUCCAGUGAGCGUUGAAAGGACAUGGACCUUCGGCUGACACUGUUGCUGAUUUUCUUCUGCAGCCCAGGAGUAAUUAAUAGUGAGACGGUACAAGAUGAGUCUGCUCCCACGGUGCCUUUGAUUCCUUUAAUACCAGGCUUAUUCACUGAGGAAACAAAAAAUGAAACUACAGCACCCCCCACUGAGGCUAGUCCCACCGGUGGGUCUUCAGAGGAAGAACCAGAAGAAGGUUGCAUGGCCAUCGGCCGAAACCUUGAGUCCAGACAGGCCAUUGCUGCAGCCAUUCAGAAACUGGGCCUAGAACUUCUGCAGAACCUAGAGAGGACACCUGACAAACCCAACAUCAUCAUCUCGCCUCUGAGCAUUUCACUGGCUCUCUCCCAGUUGGCUUUAGGUGCAGUGAAUGAGACAGAUGAGCUACUGAUGAAUCGCCUUCAUAAUAACACACUGCCCUGCUACCACCACGCUCUGCGUCACAUCCUGAAUCGCCUCCGGAAGAACAAGCUGAAGAUUGCCACCAGAAUCUUCUUGCGUCAAGGUUUUGAACCAAAACAAGACUUUGUGAAUGAGUCCCUGCGUCUCUACAGCUCAGAGGCUGAAGUGCUGGAGAGUCUGGAACAGAUUAACAGUUGGGUGGAGAAGGCCACACAGGGACAGAUGACCAACUUCUUACCUAGUUUACCACCAAACCUACUCAUUCUGCUCAUCAAUGCUGUCCACUUCAAAGGUGUGUGGAAAGCACGAUUUGACCCACGUUUCACAUCCAGAGGUGUCUUCUACCUCAAUGACCACCACAUGGUGGACGUUGAAGUGAUGGAAGACGCCAAACAUCCCCUCAGUUUAUAUAUACACAAUGACCUCGAGGCUCAGGUGGCGAGAUUUCCAUUUCGGAAGUCCAUGAGCCUGUUGGUGGCACUCCCGCUCUACAGCCAUGUAGAUGUGUACAAUAUGUAUACAAAAAUCAAUAUCUCUGACCUUUACCAGCGUCUGCCCAAAGAGAGGGCCGUUCAGGUUAAAGUUCCCAAAUUCACAUUGGACUACACUCAGGAUUUACAGGAUGUUUUGACCAAAAUGGGCUUGGGAGAACUGUUUUCUGCUCCAAACUUGGCAAACUUGGCAGAUGGCCCCCUGGUGGUCUCCAGCAUCAAACACAAGUCAAGCCUGGAGAUUAAUGAGGAAGGUGCUGAGGCCGCUGCUGCUACCAGCGUAGUCAUCUCACGUGCAUCUAACCCCAUAUUCCACCUCACUCGUCCCUUCUUCUUUGCCCUGGUGGACGAUAACACAAUGGUUCCGAUUUUCAUGGGGGUCAUCAACAACCCCAGUCCUGGAGCACCGGUGCUGAAAAGAGAACAAGUUACCCGAGAUAAAGUUGCGUACCCAGUGGAUAAGAGUUAUGACUCCUCAUCUGGAGGCCUGCCCAAGUGAAGGACUCAUUAUCUGGCCUGUUUGUCCAAGGAGACCAAGACAUAUGUUUAAUGUCAAUAAGCUGGAUCAGAGUCAGUGUUAAAUUGUCAAUAAUACUAUAAUCAUUUUUUGUUUGACAGCCCAAACAUGAACUUGGUAUGGCUAUAAAACUUAAGUAUUAUUAUAAAAUAUUUGAGUUCUUAGGUCAUUAGAUAAAGCCUCAGCCAAGCUCAUUACAUUAUGUGUUUCAGUAUUAUUGUGCUUUUUUUUGACCACUGAAAUGUGCCAUCUGAUUUAAAAAAAAAUAAAUUUCAUGAUCUUGGUCA